AUGUCUCCUCGGCACAGCAAAGACUCUGCCACGGGGGGUGAGCAGCGCCUCCCCUCGAAAGACAUGCCGCCCCUGCCGACCAACUUUCUGCCCGUCUUCUUUCGAAACCAGUUUCGCACAACAAUCGAGCUGCCGACUGCCGAGGCAUACCCAGAUGUGCACGGUAAGUGUGCCAUAGUCACCGGCGCCAACACCGGUCUCGGCUUCGAGUCUGCGGCGCAGCUGCUGAGUCUCGGACUGUCGCGCCUCGUCAUGGCUGUCCGGUCGCUCGAAAAGGGCGAGGCCGCUGCUGCAACACUUAGAGCCGUGAACCCGUCCGCCACAAUCGACGUUUGGCACUUGGACAUGGAGUCGUACGAGUCGAUACAGGGCUUCGUGCACAAGUGCGAGUCGCUGCCGCGUAUCGACGUGGCCAUUCUCAACGCGGGCAUCUCGCCCAUGCACUUUGCCACCGUUCCGGCGACAGGCCACGAGAGGACCAUGCAGGUCAACCACAUGAGCACGGUCCUUCUUGCCGUUCUCUUACUGCCAGUCUUGAAGCCCAAAUCCUCCGGCGCCCCUCCGCGGCUUACAGUCGUCAAUUCGGUCAUGGCGCACUUGUGUUCGUUUCCCAACAGAGACGAGCGGCCACUGCUGGCAUCAUUCGACGACACCAACGUUACGCCGUUCAACUCGUCUGAGAGGUACGGCGUGUCGAAACUGUUGUGCCAGCUGGCUCUCGUCCGUCUGGCCGACAUGGUCGACCCUGAAGCCAUCACCAUAAACAUGGUGGACCCGGGGCUCACCAAGGGCACUGGCCUCUCGAGAGACGCAACCGGGAUUGUGCGCUUGCUCGCCGGCGCGUUUCUCUCUAUCUGCGGCAGGCCGGUUGCACGGGGAGCGGCGACGUAUGUGGAUGCGGCCCUCCGACACGGCACAGAGUCUCACGGGUGCUUUCUGAUGAACUGCAAAGUCGCGGGGCUCGCUCGAUGGUACUAUAGUGGAGGCAAAGAGUUGUCAGAGCAGGUUUGGACGGAAACCAUGGACGAGCUCAGGUUCGCUGGGGUCGAGCAGGCAAUCGCCUCGGUUCAACGACUGAAAUGGAGACGAUGA